AGGUAUCUUUGAUAGAUAGUUUUGAAUCCGAUGGAAAACUCCCGACAAACACCAAUCUUUCCAAGCCCAGCUGCCUGGACAGCAGUUCCGUGGACCACGAGGGUUACUACCUGUGUGAUGAGGAAGCCCUUUUAAAAGAAUCCAGUGCUUCCACUGGCUAUUAUCCCUGCUAUCGAACCUAUGUGGAGUUCCCCCGGUACCAGCCUUCCAACACGAGCAACCCCAGCCAGAUGAAAGGACGUCCAUGCGAUGCCAGUGUCCAAUGCGACAGGUGUCUGGAGGAAGAAACUAUCGGCAGGGAGAAAAGAGGAGCGGAACUAAAUAAUAACAUGAAAGAGCUUAAGGUAUUAUCAGUGGCUCUCCAGGAUUCUCCCCACCGCCAACCAACCGGGGGCUCCAGGCCUGGAUCUGGUGGGAGAAAGCUGGAAGGGCCUGGAGGGAGGCGUUUGAGGCCAUCCAGCAGUGACCAAGAGUCAGGGAGCGCUCGGAAGGAGCAAGAGGGAACUCUGAAACCCCGCACCCCAGGGAGCUCCCCCUACAAGUCGAGUGCAAGGCUCAAAACCUCCAAAGAGCCACCAGCCUCACUACCACGGAACAACCUCCUGCUGCCCACGGCCAACCUCAGCAGGAAAUCUCCCCAGAAACGGAAGCACAGAAGCAGCCAAGCAGAUGAGAAGGAGCAGGCCACCGUCAUGGAACUAAAGCCGCUGCUCCAGGACCAGCGCUCGCUGCCCCCGAGUCCAGAGGCCAAGGCAGGAUCUCUCGGGAUCCACUGCUAUCGCAGAGAACAAGUGAGGGAGGACAACCAGGUCUGUAUGAACCCCAUGCAGAGACUCUGGAAGGGGUCUAGCAGGCAAAUAGUUAUCCAAUAUCAUGACUACUACUACAAAUUCUACACAGGGCUGCCUUUGAAGAUGGUCCAACCUACAAAAGAAAAAAACAGCCCCAGUCCUCGGCAGCUUCCUUCUGCUGUGGGCCCCACCAUAGCAGCUGACCCUCCCCCGGAUUCUGCGAAGCCCCACACUGCCUCCUCCCGCCUCAGCUUCCACACCAUCGUCUCCUGGGUCUGGAAGAUCUUCAGGAAACCACCAUCGGCACAGCCGCAGCCUAGUACCAGUGAUGAAACGGAAAUGGGAGGCAGCGAACAGUCGCUAACCUCUCGGCUAAGACUGUGGCUUACUCAACGCAGCAGCCGCAUUCACCCCAGGCCGCCGUGA